CCGGUGAGGGACCGGAAGGGUGCGAGGGGAGCGGAAGCAAAGAUCCUAUAGCAAAGCAAAGCUAUAGGAUCUUUGAGCGGAAGUGCGCGGGGAAAUGGAGGCGGCGGCGGUGCUGAACGCGCUGGGGUACAGCGGGCAGCUGCUUGAAGAGGGUGCGCUGGCGCAGGGUGUGGAGGAGGGAGCCAACAGUCAGCAUUUCACAGCCGCCUGUGCCUGGCUGGUCUCCCAGCUGAAUGAGGUCAGCCUGCUGGAGGAACGCCUCACUCCAACCACAGGUCCAGCGGACACAGAAAGCUUCCAGCUGGAGGUGAGUGGGCUGCUGAAUGAGCUACACUGCCCCUACCCCUCCCUCACCACAGGGGACCCCACCACCAGGCUGAACGACAGCGAGCACUGCCUCCAACUGCUCCUGUUCCUGGGCUCGGAGCUCCAGGCAGCCAGACUCCUGCAGUCCAAGCGGCAUCCACGUGGACAGCACCGAGUGCCGGAGGAUGCCGGCGGUGGAGACGGCAGUGGCCAAACACUGGCGGAGCUGCAGACACUGUGCCAAGCGGUGGGCGUGGGCAAACCCGCACCGGGCAUCCCCACAGCUCAGCUCUUCACAGAACUGGAAGAUAAAAUCCGAGAAGCCAUCGCAGGCUUGCCCGAGGGGACAGUGGGAAAACCUCUACUCAGCAAGAGUCUGGAGCCUGCCCAAUGGGAACAUCUGGAGCAGAUCCAGCAGGCCAUGUGCGUGGAGUACGAGUGUCGCAGGCAGAUGUUGAUCAGCCGGCUGGACGUGACCGUGCAGUCGUUCCACUGGUCCGAUCGAGCAAAGCAUUGCGGGGCGGCGAUGGGUGAGGUGUACAACCCCCUGAGAAGUUCACUGUGCCGCAAGGCGGGGGUGACCCUCGCCCACCUACUGUCCGCCCGGGAGGACCUCUCCAUCAUCACCAGAACCACCAGCCGGAGCAUCCGCGAGAAGACUGCUUGUGCCAUCAACAAGAUCCUGAUGGGCCCGGUGCCGGAUCGUGGGGGGAGACCUGGCGAGAUGGAACGGCCGAUGGCCACGUGGGAAGGCAGGAGAAGUGGGGGGGAACGGAGGAAUGGGGGUGACCGGAAAAACGGGGGCGACCGGAGACAGGAGAAGCGGAGAGGAGGCAAGGGGCGUAAGCACUGACUGCCCCCCGCCACCCCUCGUUGAGGAGUGGCGGGCUCCCUGCUGGCUCCGUGCGGGAAGGCCGUGGAUGGUGGUGGCAUUCCCGGACGGAGCAGUGCAUCUGCGGCGGGUGGGACCGCUGUAACUCCGCUGCUCCUUGCACCCCUCGUCACACGGAGAAGACCCCGUGUGCAAGAAGGAACUGCAGAUGCUGCUUCACGCCAAAGACAGACACGACAUGCUGGAGUAACUCCGCGGGACAGGCAGCAUCUCUGGAGAGAAGGAAUGGGUGACGUUUCGGGUCGAGACCCUCCUUCAGACUGUGAGUCAGGGGAGAGGGGAACGAGAGAUAUAUAGACAGUACUUAAGAGAAAUGAAUGAAAGAUAUGCAGAAAGCAAUGGUAAUCAGGGAAAUGUGGAGCCAACAAUGGUCCAUUGUUGGCUGUGGGAUAGGUGAAAGCAAGUUAUAGAGACAAUGAAACUUAACAGGUCGAGAUCCUUCUACAAACGAUGGGUCUCGACACAAAACAUCACCCGUUCCUUCUCUCCAGAGACGCUGCCUGUCCCGCUGAGUUACUCCAGCUUUCUGUAUCUGAAUUCGAAGAGGGUAGACAGUGGGGCUGGUUUAAACGCACAGAGCUGUGGCUGAUGUGUCCCCCCGAGUCCCAGCUCCCCUCCCCACCGGCCAUCUGAUUGUGGCUGCCCUCGGCCACAGCGACACUGUACACAGCGUGGAUUUAUCAGGCUUCUGCUCGCCUCCAUCACGGAGCCUCGCAAACAAUAACUGUGGCCUGGAUCUCUGUCUCUCUCUCCCUCUCUGUCUCUGUCUCUCUCUCCUCCAGCACUAAUCCUGGACAGCAUCAUCGCAGUGUUACGUUCUCUCUCCACCUCCACAUCUGGUGUUACGGUUCCUACACUUGAGACUCCACGAGGAGGGAACAGUUUGCAAAGUUCCUACAUGUAAAUGACAAUUAAUUAUGUGAUUUUUUUUGGGGGGGUGGGGAAUAUUUGCUGGGACUCAGGGCUGUGAGCACAAACACAUUUUUUUUAUUUUUAAAUAAAAUUAAAAUAUUGUUUCCUGGUUCUGGAUGGAGAUUUCUUUUGGAGGGGAGAUUCCAGACUUUAUGUC